CUUUCUCUUCUCUUCUCUUCUCUGUUUCUCAAACAGAAGAGAGAGAAACGCAAACCAAUCUCUCUCUCUUUCUCUCUCUAAAAACUAUCCUUUCUAUCACUACCCAUCUAUCUAUCUAUAUAUAUAUAUAUAUAUAUAUACAAACAUUGAAACUAUCCUAUAUCUUGAUUCAGCUUUUGUUAUUGUAAGCUGAAUCUUUGUUUUGUUUUUUUCUUUCUUCUCGUUCUCGUGCGUUUUUUGAUUGGACGGCGGAGAUUAAAUCUUCUUAGAGUGAAAGAUCGAGGUAUGCAGCAAGGUGAUCAGACGGUGUUGAGCUUGAGACCUGGUGGUGGUCGAGGAGGAAGCAGCAGACUCUUUAAUCCACGCUUAGAGUCUAAUUCUUCUUCUUCAUCUUCUUCUUCUAUUGCUUUUGGUGAUCUCCCUCUUCUGCGCCCUCAUGCCGGUGCUCCUCUAAAGACUGGAGACUCAAGGUUUGAGGUCCGUGAUAGAGUGCGGUACACGAGAGACCAGCUGUUGCAGCUUAGAGAGGCUGUUGUCAUCUCUGAUGAGAUUUUAAAAAUCAAACGAGAAAUUGAAGCUGAGCUUUUUGGUGAAGAUCAAAGCUGGAGUCGUGGAGAAAGCAAUCCACCAAAUCAGCCCCCGAGUCGCUACUCAGAGCCAGAUAAUCGUGACUGGCGUGGUCGUUCUGCACAAUUUUCUACCUCUGGAGAGGAGAGGUCUUGGGAUUCUCUUAGAGAAAACAGAGAGACUGGCGGGCGAUAUGACUCCAGACAGACAGAAGCAAAUCAAUUUAAUCGUCAAGACCAACUUAACUCCCAAUUUGCAAGAGCCCAAAUCUUUUCCAAUCAAUCGGGCGGCCCUGCUCCAGCUUUAGUCAAGGCUGAGGCUCCAUGGUCAGCUAGAAGAGGGAAUCUUUCUGAGAAGGAGCGUAUCUUGAAGACUGUAAAAGGUAUACUGAACAAGCUUACUCCUGAGAAAUAUGAUCUUCUCAAGGGUCAGCUUAUCGACUCUGGCAUUACAUCUGCCGACGUCUUAAAGGAUGUGAUAAAGCUUAUAUUUGAGAAGGCUGUUCUGGAGCCCACUUUUUGUCCCAUGUAUGCUCAGCUAUGUUCUGAUCUUAAUGGAAGGCUUCCCUCAUUCCCAUCAGAGGAACCAGGUGGGAAAGAGAUAACAUUCAAGCGAGCUCUUCUGAAUAUCUGCCAGGAGGCAUUUGAUGGUGCUGAUAAACUGAGGGAGGAACUUAGGCAGAUGACAUCUCCAGAUCAGGAGCUUGAACGCAGGGACAAGGAAAGAUUGGUCAAGCUUCGUACCCUUGGAAACAUCCGUUUGAUUGGAGAGCUUCUGAAGCAGAAGAUGGUUCCUGAGAAGAUUGUUCAUCAUAUUGUCAUGGAACUUUUGGGAUCUGAUAACAAAGUUUGUCCUGCUGAAGAAAAUGUUGAGGCCAUAUGCCAGUUCUUCAACACUAUAGGAAAGCAGCUUGAUGAAAGUCUGAAGUCACAGCGCAUAAAUGAUAUGUACUUUAAUCGAUUGAAGGAACUGGCAUCAAACCCUCAACUUGCACCACGUCUAAGGUUCAUGGUUCGUGAUGUUCUUGAUCUGCGGUCAAAUAAUUGGGUUCCUAGACGUGAAGAGGUUAAAGCUAAAACCAUCACUGAGAUACAUUCUGAGGCAGAAAAAAAUCUUGGAUUGCGUCCCGGUGCUACUUCAAGUAUUAGAAAUAGUCGUGGUGUUAUUUCUGCCGCUCCAGGAGCUGCUGGUCCUGGGGGCUUUCUCAUCAACCGACCUGGCACUGGGGGUAUGAUGCCUGGCAUGCCAGGUACUAGGAGGAUGCCUGGGGUGCCCGGAAUUGAUAAUGAUAAUUGGGAAGUACCCAGGACCCGUUCAAUGCCAAGGGGUGAUGGAUCAACUAUGCAGCCUACGGGGCGUGUCCCAUCACCAAUGUUUAACAAGUCAUCCUCUGUGAAUACAAGGCUGUUACCUCAGGGUAGUGGUGGUUUUAUGAGUGGAAAAAGUAGUGCCCUGUUGCAGGGAAGUGGUGGCCCUUCUCCCCGCCCAUGCAACAUCAGUUUGGGUACAGAGCCUCCUGCACAGGCUCCUGCGCCUAGAAAAAUUGUGCCCACUCCUCAUAUGCCACCAGCUGUGGAGAAACCAGUGGCUUCAGCUGCAAGCUUCAAUCCCAAUGAACUUAGGAGAAAAACAAUUUCGCUGUUGAAGGAAUAUUUCAGUGUUCGGCUUCUAGAUGAAGCAUUGCAGUGUGUGGAAGAACUGAACUCUCCAGUCUACCAUCCUGAAAUUGUUAAGGAAGUCAUCUGUCUUGGCUUGGAGGAGAAUCCACCAUGUGUUGAACCAGUUGCCAAGCUUUUGGAGUAUUUGUUUUCCAAGAAGGUUCUCACAGCUAAAGACAUAGGGACUGGGUGCUUGCUCUAUGGUUCUAUGUUGGAUGAUAUUGGUAUUGAUCUGCCCAAAGCACCUAAUAAUUUUGGUGAAAUCAUUGGGCUACUAGUUUUGGCUGGAGGAAUGGACUUUAAAGUGGUGAGAGAGGUCCUUAAGAAGAUGGAGGAUGAUAGAUAUCAGAAAGCUAUAGUUGAUGCAGCAAUGAGGACUAUUAGUUAUAGUCCAGAUGGCCAAGUUGUAUUAGAUUCACAGGCAUCUGAUAUCGAGGCUUGCCAAACUUUGCUGUAGUAAGCAUAGCAUUGCCCAAGUACCUCAGUGUCUGUAUCCACAUGAACCUUUGUGCUUUUUUUCGUUUUCGCAUUAUAAUGCCCUGUCCAAAACCUUAUGAGGUGAGCAACUUGUACUAUGUGAUAAGGUGGAGCUGCCAAGAACAGGUCAUUUUUCUUUUUUCUUUGUCAGAGUCAUAUUUUUCUCCUGAGGUCAUAGCUGUGUGUUAUUGAGCAAAGAAAUCAAACCAUAAUGCCAUGGAUUUUGUUCUCGAGCGUGGCUAAUUAUGUGCCUAAGUGCUUGGGAAGGCCCUUUAAGGGAUCCAGUUGUUUUGUAUUUGAUUAGUUUUGAUCAUCUUCAUUUUCUUGACCUCGAUUAAUUUAGUUUAUUGUUUGAACUACCCAAGUCAUAAAUCGUAAAAUGGAGAGAUCAUUGCGUUUGUGGUU